CCCCCCCCCCCCCCACCUUCUUAGCUCCGUCUCUAUAAAGGGCCCAGGAUACACAGAGAUGUGCUCACAACUCUCUAAGGAUCUGUCUGAAGCAAGAGUCCAUACAAGCUCUGAUGGCUACCCUGUGCUCCCUCCGAGGAAGUCCCGCUAAGCUUAGGACCUCCUCAGCCAGUGUCUCUUAUGAUGGAAGACCAUGGACUGUCUCUGCGUCUACUGUGCUCUCUUCUUCCCUGGACCAUGGAUCAAAUGAGAAAGAGGUGAUGCAGAAUCUGAACAGUCGUCUCGCCAGUUACUUGGAGAAGGUUUGUGCCCUGGAAAAAUCGAAUCAACAACUAGAAAUCCAAAUUCGGGAAAAGUUAUCGGAGAAAGCCAUUGUGAAGAAAGACUACAGCGAUUACUUUACUCUGAUUAAUACCCUCAGGAAGCAGAUUACAGAUACAGUGUCUGAGAAUACAAAGCUCCUAUUGGCUAUUGACAACAGCAAACUGGCUGCAGAUGACUUUAAGGAGAAGUGGAACACAGAAUGUGCCUUACGUCAGUCUGUAGAACGGGAUAUGAACGCUCUGCGAAAAGUGAGGGAUGAUCAUGCAGUUAUAUGUGACAGUCUGAGCACUGAUGUGGAUAGCCUGCAGAGUGAGCUCCUGACCUUAAAGAAGGACCACAAAGAGGAUCUUGCCGCUCUGAGAGAAAAACUAGACAGAGGAAAAGUUGAAGUGGCCGUCGAUGCAGUCCAAGGGCCUGACCUCACGUCUAUCUUGGCUGAAGUCCGUGCACAGUAUGAGGAUGUAAUAAAGAAAAAUAAGGAGGAGGCAGACGCUCUGUUUCACACUCAGUAUGAAACGCUAACCCUACAACUUGCAAAAGAUGAUGAAGACAUUCGGAAGGCACAAGAUGAAGUACGAGAGAGAAGAACCGUGUUACAGGGACUGCAGCUGGAGCUAGAGACGACGGUAAACCAGGUAAAUGCUCUACGACACAACCUUGAUGAAACAGAGCUCCGCUACAAGAAAGAACUGGAAAGACUGCAGGGCAAUAUCAUUAUAGUAGAACAGGAGCUAUCCGAGUUACUGAAGACCAUACAGAACAACAAACUGGAAUAUGAGGCAUUGUGGAAGAUUAAAGAGACUCUGGAAGCUGAAAUCGCUGAAUACCGACGUCUACUGGACGGAGAACCACAAGAGACAAUCGUCAUACCUGAACCAAGAGAACCAGAUAUCAGAACCAAAAAAAUAGUCAAAACUGUCACACAGACUCUUGUGGAUGGAAAGAUUGUCGGUGAAUCAAGUGAGGUGGAAGAAUACGAGCAUGCUGAGAAAGUAAAGAAGUGAACCUGGUCCCCGGCAGCUUCCUCUACAUCUAAGUUAUGCAGCUAAAAGACCAAUGGCGCCAUCACAAGUAAUGCCAAGCAAUGCAGAAAACUGCUUUUCUUGUCAUGUAAUCUAAUGUAAAAUGUAAUGUAAGUUUAUAUCAACAGGCUUGUUAUAAGCAAUGGCAUCAUCUGAAAUUCUGCUCUCUGCCUGCAAGGUUACUAUUGUAAAAAAAAAAAAUUCAAUGCCACGGCCGUGCAUUAUUCCCAUGUGUUCAGACUGCAGAACCUUUGACUGCAUUCCUCUAAAUGAAUGGACUGUAGCGAGUAAUGUUUGCAUUGCUUCACCUAAAAAAUCCUCUACUAAUAUCUCCAAAAGUAUCUUGAAAAACGAUUUAUAAAAAAUGUAAGCUAUAGUGUUGGUAAUCCAUUUCCACAUUUAGUCAGUAUGUUAAAGGGGUACUCCGCUGCUCAGCGUUUGGAACAAACUGUUCCGA